AUGCCAGAAAACAGAACAGAUUACGACGCCACCUCCUUACCUUGCAUUGUCUACAGCAGAAGAAAAGUGUCUUGUUUCGAGGUUGCCUUCGACGAUGUCCUCCCAGCUUUGUGGGCCAACGGAACUAACUUCACCGAUAUAAGAAUAUGGAACUGUAAGCCAGGACUGCCAGUACAGCUGGAUAACAGAUAUUUCUUGAGCACCACGGCAUUAACGAAUCUGACCAUAACUCAGUGCUUUGUUUCUAAUAUUGCGCGUGGCACAUUUGCUAGACUCGUCAACCUAGAGGCACUAGAUCUCCGGCAGAAUACUAUCACCGUGAUAACCAGGGGCACAUUUGAGGGAUUGUCAUAUCUUAAGAAAUUAGAUUUAAAAAACCAAGAAGGAAUUACUCAAAUAACGAUCAUUGACUCAAAUGCAUUUGCUGACAUUCCUAACAUAGAAACAUUGGAUUUAUCAAAUAAUAGAAAGCUAAAGCUAUUUCCAGAUGGUUCGAACUCGACCAGUUUCCUAAAAGGACUUCGAAAACUAAGUGUGCUGUCGUUAAACGAGAUCUUUAUGAAUGACUUGCCAACUGUUGAGGAUAUAUUGGUGUCCUUUUUUAAAGACCAAGAGUACUCACUCAAAGAGCUGAACCUUCAAAGUGUUCAUCUUAGCAACCGCCAACUGCCUAUUAUAAGGAACCUGAAAGGCCUCAAGUUACUCAACCUCCAGGAUAACAUCCUUGGCUACAUUGAAACCAAUUCGCUACCUUUCCUUACCAAUGCUGAAGUAAGCCUCCAAAACAACAACAUAAUGUUUGUUGCCGUGGAUGCGCUGGACAGGAUGAGGAAUGUCAAAAUCUAUUUUUCUGACGAUCACGAUGGGAAUCCAUUCAUUUGUGACUGUAACAACAAGGACUUUGCACAAUGGAUUCGGACAUAUCGAGGCAACAUUUCAGCUGGUGGUGUCCAGAUUUUAAACGCCGAGACUUUUAAAUGUGCUGGACCGCAGAAUUGGUAUGAAAAGAGGUUGAUGACCUACACUACAGACUGGUGGCACUGCAAUCAGUAUGUUGCUCUCAUUGCUCUGGUUUUUAUCCUUGGUUUCGUCUUCAUCAUAGCUGCAAUUGUAACGGUCCUAUUUUGCAAUCGGUUGAACAUCCGCCAUUGGAUGCUGGAACGACGGGAAGUGGCCAUUCCUGAACCAACACUCCAAGAUGACACUGAUCCUCUGAUGCCAAUAGCCAACAUUAAUUCACAUCAUCAGGGCAAGACUGGCGCAUAUCUCAUCUUCAACUACAAAGACGAAACCGUGAAUAAGUGGGCAAACAAAUACCUAGAUGACAAUCUCCAACUUCACCCUAUGAAGAUCACCCUUCAAUGGCCUGCAGGACCGGAGGUCACACCAAUGUGGAAGCAGGUCAAAGACUUCAGUUUCCAAGUCGACGCUUUCCUCGUCAUUGUGACUGAUGAAUUCCUUGAGAAUCAUUGGCCAGAGAUAUCUGAGAAGGGCGGGAUCGAAAACAUCAUGAAGUUCGUGCUGAUACUCUUCAGGAGGAAGAAACACCAGUUACCGCAGGAGCUAAAGAGACUGCAAUGUCCUUGCUUUGAAUGGCCAACCACUGGGUCCAGGUUUACCACACUUGAACGCAGUCGUGACCGUUUCUGGAAGGAAUUGCGUGUCUGUCUUAAAGAUCAUCAAAGAUAGCUUUACAGCAUACACUAUCACCGACAUGACCGUAUGGACUCGAAAAAUUUACAACUGACCAACCCACCGCCUGGCUGUCAGCAACUGGACUCUGAUUUUUCCAUAUUCGGCAUUAACGAGUCUGACCAUAACUCAAUGCUAUGUGCGAAGAACAUUUGCUGGACUCGUCAACCUGGAGACCUCCAACAGAAUACUAUAACCGUGAUAACCAGGGGUACAUUUGAGGACUUGUCCAAUCUUAAAAUCUUAUACUUAAAUGGUCAAGAAGGACCAAACCGGGUGGUUUUUCUGACAUAACGAGCUUGGAAAUGUUGGAUUUAUCUUACAACGGGCAGCUACAACUACUUUUAGAUGGCUCUAACUCGACCAGUUUCCUCGAAGGACUU